CUCCCUCCGCCUUCAACAACUGUCACGAACGAAUGACGAAAAAUCGUCCAUCGCAAGUAAAGAAUUUGCGUAAAUUUGUUAACUAGAUUGUAACUGUAGCAUCAAGAAAUAAGGCGAUUAUAGUUAUUUGUUAUAUUAUUAAACGUAAUCUACAAGUAGUGAAUAAGAAGUUAACUAUGUUAAGAUCAGAAUGAAGUGUUAAUCUGUUGCUCAAUAUUAUAGUAGUGUAACGGUUCCGCAGUAGUGAUGAGUGAACGUUACCCCGGAUACCUGUUUGGUGGAACACCAGUGAGUAGUUGGGACAGGAGUUUCAACUCUUUGGAGAAUCUCCGCGUCCACGACUCUUACGGGGUCACCCUGCCACGCAGUCGAUACAGGCCCAAGGGUCUGACUGUUGGCUUCAGUCAAGAUUAUGAGAACAACCAAAUCCAACAACAGUACAGAGGUCGGUACGGCGGACCGCCGCGGUGCUGGGGCAGCAUGUCGGAAGGCGGGGGUGUAUCUGCUGCAGGGGACUCCUGCAGGACCAACCUCAUAGUCAACUAUCUGCCGCAGACCAUGACGGAGAAGGACCUGUACGCCAUGUUCAUGACCAUAGGCCCCAUAGAGAGCUGCCGCGUCAUGAAGGACUUUAAGACGGGGUACAGUUACGGCUUCGGUUUCGUGAAUUUCACACGCGAGGAGGACGCAGCGAGGGCUAUCGACACUUUCAAUGGAUAUCAACUCAGGAAUAAGCGGUUAAAGGUAUCAUAUGCACGGCCAUCAGGGGACGACAUAAAAGAAACGAACUUGUACGUUACGAACUUACCCCGCGCCAUCACCGAAGACCAGCUAGAGACGAUAUUCGGAAAGUACGGGCGUAUAGUGCAGAAACACAUCCUCAGGGACAAAAGUAAUGGGGCGCCGCGUGGGGUGGCGUUUGUUAGGUUCGACAAACGGGAAGAGGCACAAGAGGCGAUAGCAGCUUUAAACAACGUGAUACCAGAGGGCGGCACAGAGCCACUCAGCGUCAAGGGGUACAGUUACUGGGGCACGUUAAUAGCGGAACAACAUGGGAGCGCCCGCGUGCCCGUGCACUGGGCGGGAUCGAGCCGGCUCCGCUCACACUCCGAUACGGUGGCGGAAGAACAUGGGAAGCAGAAAGCGGCGUACUACGCGGGUUGGGCGGCGGGAUUCCAUCAUAACCGAGGCGACUAUUCCUGGAGCUGCGGCAACUGCAUGAUGCCAGAACCCUGGGAGGACUUCUCCGGACCACCCUUAGGCGGGAGUCACCCCAACACCCCCCGCAACGGCUGCCGGCCCGGCGCCUGCGCCAACCGGGCACCCUACCCUAACUACCUCCCCGGCAAAGGCCCGAGGCCUAACCGGGGCCGAAACUUACCCUGGGCCCCGAACUUCGGCGAAGAAAGAUUCAGAGGCCAACGCUGUAGGAAUGGCCCCACCCCAUACUGGUAAAACUGUACAAACAUACAAUGGAUUUGAUUUGAAAUUGUAUAUUUUUCGAGGUUGCUUUUGAUCUCAACGGUGUACAUAUUUUUAAUUGAGAGAUUCUGGCAUAGAGUCGUCAAGGAACAUUGUUAUCUUUAUAAAAGAUAUCGAUUGAAGGAGAUUUAAUAUUACAUAAAUAAAAAAAAAAACAUGCACAUUUAAGGCGUUAAAUGUUUUAUCUCUGGUAGCAACAAAAAUGCUGAUUAAUAAGAUGGUAAUUAUUACUAUAUUUAAAAAAGUAUUCGCUAUCUGUUUAAUAAAUUUGAGACUUUUUGUAAAACACUAUUGCGUGAUAGUAUGCAUUUUUUCGUUUUGUGAAAUUGUUGAGUUUAUUUCGAAAGUGUUUUCUGUUAGUUAAAAAUCCAAUAUCUACUUUGUUCCUUACAUUGAAAGUUAUUUUCGUUUGCUGCUUUAUAUUAGUUUUGAUUUUGGUCCUACUCCAAACUCUGUUUAUUUUAAGUGCAUGGUUUAAGUUUAUCGCUUUUUGUAAAUUUCCCGCCUUUUCUUAUUUUAAUUCUUUGUUUUAUUAUCCUAAGGUUCUUUUUAUUAACAUUAAAGAGUUUGAAAGGCU